CCGGCCCCGGACGCCGCCUCGGCAUGGGCGAGCACCCCAGCCCGGGCCCCGCAGUGGCCGCCUGCGCCGAGGCGGAGCGCAUCGAGGAGCUGGAACCCGAGGCCGAGGAGCGGCCGCCGGCGGCGCCGGAGGACCACUGGAAAGUCCUGUUUGAUCAGUUUGACCCUGGGAACACGGGCUACAUCAGCACAUGUAAGUUCCGGAGCCUCCUGGAGAGCCAAAGCUCCAAGCUGGACCCGCACAAGAGGGAGGUGCUGCUGGCUCUCGCCGACAGCCAUGCCGACGGGCAGAUCGGCUACCAGGAUUUUGUCAACCUGAUGAGCAACAAGCGGUCCAACAGCUUCCGCCAGGCCAUCUUGCAGGGCAACCGCAGGCUCUGCAGCAAGGCCCUGCUGGAGGAGAAGGGGCUGAACUUCUCCCAGCGACUGAUCCGCCACGUGGCAUACGAGACCCUGCCCCGGGAGAUUGACCGGAAGUGGUACUACGACAGCUACACCUGCUGCCCACCGCCCUGGUUCAUGAUCACAGUGACGCUGCUGGAGGUUGCCUUUUUCCUCUAUAAUGGGGUGUCGCUGGACCAGUUUGUGCUGCAGGUAACCCAUCCACGAUACCUGAAGAACUCACUGGUUUACCAUCCACAGCUCCGAGCACAGGCUUGGCGUUACCUGACCUACAUCUUCAUGCAUGCGGGGAUAGAACACCUGGGACUCAACGUGGUGCUGCAGCUCCUGGUGGGGGUACCCCUGGAGAUGGUGCACGGAGCAACCCGCAUUGCGCUUGUCUAUGUGGCCGGUGUCGUGGCAGGGUCCUUGGCGGUGUCUGUGGCCGACAUGACCGCACCCGUGGUGGGCUCCUCUGGAGGGGUGUAUGCGCUUGUCUCUGCCCAUCUGGCCAACAUCGUGAUGAACUGGUCAGGCAUGAAGUGUCAAUUCAAGCUGCUUCGGAUGGCUGUGGCCUUGAUCUGUAUGAGUAUGGAGUUUGGGCGGGCCGUGUGGCUGCGAUUCCACCCAUCAGCCUAUCCCCCGUGCCCUCACCCGAGCUUCGUGGCGCACUUGGGUGGCGUGGCUGUAGGCAUCACCCUGGGCGUGGUGAUCCUGAGGAACUACGAGCAGAGGCUGCAGGACCAGUCGCUGUGGUGGAUUUUUGUGGCCAUGUACACCGUCUUUGUGCUGUUCGCUGUCUUCUGGAACAUCUUUGCCUACACCCUGCUGGACUUAAAGCUGCCGCCGCCCCCCUAAGGGCCUGGAGGACCUUGGUCGGGGAGGGGAGGGAGAAGCAGUCGGGCAAGGAGCAGCCGUGUUCUUUUUCUCAUCACCAGCUCAGUGAGGCCAGGGAGGCGAGGACAAGAGACGCUGGGCCGCUGUAAUAUUUGUGUUCCGAUUUGAACAGAGUGGAGGCAUUUUUCUGAAAGGCACCUGUUGGAGGGUUUGGAUGUGGCUUCUGUAGUUUUUCUAGAUUGUUCUGAAAACCUCGGGCCAGGGUGAAGGCCUGGGGUGAGAUGAGAGUGGCCGUCCCCUCGGGCUGGGCAUGUCCCAUGUGUACAGGGGUCCCCUCCCUUGUCAUAGACUGGGCACCAGCCUUCUCACUCAUCGCCACCCUGAGACACCUAAGCGCGUAAGGAGGGCCUGAGUCUGUAGUAGCCAGGCAGGCCCUUGUCCAGCCCAGAGGUCACUGUGGGCCAGGAAGUGUCCCCUCCAUAGCUGUUGGGUCUGGAGCUCUAGAGUGGAAGGGAGCCUGGUGGUGGAGGACAUGUCGACUUUGGUCUGGGGGGCCCAGGGUGCCCUCCCAUGCAUGUCAGUGGGUGCUGGGAUGUGGCCUCUAGUGCCUGGGGUGGGCAGAGGAGGCCGAUUCUGUAACUCCAGGCCCCACCUUUGCCCUGCAGGUACCCAGCGAGAGGAACCCAAGUGGGAGGGAAUAAACUUUGUUCCAAGUUCCCCCCGAGGAAGGGUAUCAACUUUGGGUGUCUCCUGGGUGCUGACAUCUCACACCAGUGCCCCAGCAUCCGUACCCUUAUGUUCAGGGCCUUUUCCUCCCCUUCCACUGCCCUGACCCCACAAUGUGCCUGUCCUUUGUUUAUAGAGCCAGUGUUCUGAUACGCGUGUGCAUGCGUGAGUGUGUGUGUGUGUGUGUG